AUGGCGAGCACACAACCAGAAGCCGUGCCAAAUGGCAACUCUCAGCAACUCAACAAGAGGCCAAACCAGCAGAGCAAUCGCCAAUGGAAGCAAAAGAAGACCAAGAGAGAAAAGAACAUCACUGAGGGGUCGUCCGAGGAAGUCCUCAAGUACGAUAUUGAAGCCCUGCUUAAGGAACGGGCUAUUGAGUAUGGCGAGGGAACAGAGCAUGGACCGGAAGUUCUCCCUGAAGAGGGCACUGAGACAGAUGUUGAGGUUCUGGAACUCUCGUCAACAGGAGAGGGCCUUGCUAUGAAAGCUGGCUCAAACCAGGUCUAUGUCGUAUCUUUCACGGUGCCUGGCGACACCGCAAGAGUCAAGGUCUUCCGCCAUCUUCCUCGUGGCAACCAAACCCUCGCCGACUUCAUCUCAAUUACAAAACCCUCUCCUCUACGCGACGACGCCCGCAUCAGCUGCAAGUACUUCGCCUCCUGUGGCGGCUGCCAGUUCCAGAUGCUUGAGUACCCCGAGCAGCUCAAGCUCAAGAAGCGCAUUGUCGAAAAGGCUUUCAAGAACUUCUCUAACCUCGAUCCCAACAUCGUCCCCGCUGUUCAGGACACUAUGGGUAGCCCCUUGCAGUACAGCUACCGCACCAAGCUGACGCCUCACUUCGACGGACCUCCUGGAUUCCGCCCUAGCAAGAGGGGAAAGAACCCUAGAAUCCCCUUUGAGAAGUGCCCUGAUAUUGGAUUCAUGCAAAAGGGUCGCCGGAAGGUUCUUGACAUUGAGGAUUGCCCUAUUGGAACCAAUGCUGUGCGUCUUGGUAUGACCCGCGAGCGCGAGCGCAUGCAGAAGGAGUUCGCGAACUACCAACGCGGUGCUACGAUUCUGCUCCGCGAAGACACUAAGCGUGUGCCCAAAGACAGCGAAGAAGCCAGUAGCAAUACACCCCCUUACACUGUUCGUGUCGAUAACGAAGAUACGGUCGACAUCAAGUCCUGCAUCACCGACUCCAAGGCCACCACAACCGAAUACAUCGGUCCUUACACUUUCACCAACCCAGCAGGCUCUUUCUUCCAAAACAACAACUCUAUCCUUCCAUCAUUUACCAGUUUCGUCCGCGACAACAUCCUCCCACCCGCUGGUACGGGCAUGGAUAUCAGGUACCUCAUUGACGCUUACUCGGGCUCCGGUCUCUUCACUGUCACUCUCGCCUCGCUCUUCCAGCACUCGAUCGGCAUUGACAUUGCCGCUGACUCUAUCGCCUAUGCAAGCCGCAAUGCCGCCCUGAAUGGCAUGGGCGAGGAUCGCUGCAAGUUCAUCGCCGCCGAUGCUGGUGAACUCUUCAAGAGCGUUACAUACAACCGCGACGAAACCGUCGUUGUUCUCGACCCGCCCCGCAAGGGUUGCGAUGCCGAUUUCCUGAACCAGCUACGUAAAUUUGGGCCUCGACGAGUACUGUAUGUCAGCUGUAACGUGCAUACACAAGCUAGAGAUGUUGGCGUCCUGGUGCGCGGCGAAGGAGAGGGAGAGAGGUACGGGAUUGAGAGCCUUCGGGGUUUUGAUUUCUUCCCCCAGACAGGUCACGUAGAGGGCGUUGCGAUUCUCAACAGGGUUGAUACCAAGGCAUAA